AUGGCCAAAGAAGGUUUAGGGCUUGAAAUCACAGAGCUGAGGCUGGGGCUAUCCAGUGGUCCAAUAUUGGUGGACAAAAACGAGAAGAAAAGGGUUUUUUCAGAGAUUGCUGGCGGAGAUGGACAUAAUAAUAGCACAUCCGGUGAUGACGACCGGAAAAGCGAAACGAAGAACCAAGUUGUGGGGUGGCCUCCGGUGUGUUCUUACCGGAGGAAGAUUAAUAGCUUAAAUGAGACGUCCAAAAUGUAUGUCAAGGUUAGCAUGGAUGGAGCUCCCUUUCUUCGUAAAAUUGACUUGAGCAUACACAACCAGUACGCAGAUCUUGCUGUGGCAUUGGAGAAGCUAUUUGGUUGUUUUGGCAUCGGCGAGGUGUUGAAGGAUGCAGAGAACUGCGAAUUUGCUCCUAUUUAUGAAGACAAAGAUGGAGACUGGAUGCUAGUGGGAGACGUCCCUUGGGAGAUGUUUACUGAGUCAUGCAAGAGGCUGAGGAUCAUGAAGAGAUCGGAUGCCAAGGGAUUUGGACUGCAGCCCAAGGGCUUCCUCAAGGCAACUAUGAAAGAUGAUCCUAUAUAA